UGGUGGUAGUGCAGUUUUUAGUCGCACCCGCGCGUUGUGUCGUCGUACAACGAAAGCGUGCCGAGGAAGCUAACUUCGGAGUGUUUAAAGGCGGCAAGAACUUUCGUCGUUUUUAUUUUUUGUUUUUUAUUUUUUAUAUUGGAACAGGAAGCAAGGAUAUUUCCAAAUCUUCACCGAGGAUUUUUAACGACGUCGUUGUGCGGUCCCGAUAAAAGGAUAUCGUUGUUCUUUUUUUUUUCGCAAGUUUUGAUUGUUCGGCAUCGUUUGCUUCUUUGGAUUACUCUUUCUCUCUGUAAACUCAAUGUGCAAGUUUUUAUCGCGCUGAGAGUGUGACUAAAUUACGUGGCUCAGUUUAUCGAAGGUGUCUACCGAUGUUAUAAAUUCAGUUCUGGAAUUUAACUCCGCACGGAUUAUAAUCACGUGCAUACAUACCUGGUAUAAAAUACAGAGGAGAAAAAUAUAAGUGACGCAGGUUUUUCAAGCGUUCGAUCGAUCAUGAAGAAGAACAAGGAGGACUCGAAGGGGUGAUGAAGUGGAGGCGAGCUGUAUCGUGUUACCGUUAAUUGUUUUAAAACGCGACGAAUCUCUUCUAUGCGUGGAACAAUUACAGUGUGUGUCGAAGUUCAGAUGCAUGAAACAUAUUGAAAAUGAAAACAGAGUACAGUGAGAGAAGGCGAUGAAGCUUUAGUUCCGGCGAAUCAUCUCAUUUGCGGAAUAUUAUAGUCAAAUGAGAAACGGAAGUGGCGGGAUUAUUAGUGUAGUGUAUCACUAGUAGCUGAAAAUCUCCCGUUUGGAGGAACCUCCCAAAUCUACCGACAUCUUAGCGAUAUCCUGUACAACUACGGUCCCAAUGUGCAGCAGGAAUUGCAGGACGCGUUCAUGCCUGGUAGUUCGUCAAACGAGCUCUGCUCCAAGAAAGAGGAAUAACACCUCGGGAAAUAAGGAGGAGAGAAAAAAUACUCGCAAAGCAAACAAUCUUGUCCGGCUUCGCCACACCGAUCCUUAAUGUAUUUCAAAUCGCGAGUCAGGUAGUCGAAGCUGACGAUCUAGCUACUGCAGCGGAAUAAGGAGCCGGAAGAACUACUCCGAGUUACCACUUCCGCUUAAGGAAACCAGAAAGAGGAGACAGAGUAAGAUCGGGGAAACAAAUUGGAAUCUAAUCGAAGUCGGAUAUUGCAUCAUUCAGUAGUGUGCAGCCUUCGACGCAAUAAAAAGUAACAAAGAUGUAUGUUCGAUAUUACGAUACAGAUCUCGACGGAAAAUUGCGUUGUGAAAAAAGUGUGGUUUGAAUAAAAAUCGUGCUUAAUCAUAUUGUGGGAAUUACUAUCAUAUCUAUAUGUAUAGUAGUCCCCUGCAUUACAGCGUGUGCGAAGAAGACAGUGGAUAGUGAUAAUAAUAGCCGAAGUGUAAUGGUAUGACUAACGUGGGAUAAGGAGAAAAAUCUAUCAGAAUAAAUAUCAUUCACCGCUAACCGUGCGCAUUUAAAAACCGCGUAUAUAUGAUUCAAUACUGUGAUAAGUGGUGUUUGUUACGAUGGUUUCUACGUCAUUUGUGACCCUAGUUUUUCUAGUCUGUUUUCAAACAGUCCUGUUGUCGACGGUCAGCAAUUGUGCGAAAACCAUCAGCAUGUAUUGGAACACGACGAACUCUAUAUUCCGCAUAGACAACACGGAUCACAUAAUUGACGUGAACAAGAACAACGCGGCGUUCGAGUUCGAUCAAGUCAACAUAAUAUGUCCUGCUUAUCCACCCGGAACGUAUGACGAUGAUGCCGAGAAGUACAUCAUCUACAACGUGUCAAAAGAGGAGUACGAGACGUGUCGGAUAACGAAUCCGAAUCCGCGGAUAAUCGCGAUAUGCAACAAGCCCAACAGAACAAUGUACUUCACGAUAACGUUCAGGCCCUUUACGCCGCAGCCCGGAGGGCUCGAGUUCCACGCCGGCAAAGACUACUUCUUCAUCAGCACAUCGUCUAAGGAUGAUUUGCACAGACGCAUCGGAGGACGAUGCACAACCAACAACAUGAAGGUCGUAUUCAAGGUCUGCUGCGGAAACGAAGCCGACCAAUCCUCCUCUUCUUCGGCGCGCAACAACUCCGUCGCAGUGACAAGCAGCACCGUUUCGACCAGCAGCUCAUCCAGCACGGCCGGAGGUGCAGGACUCGUUCCUCCCCCACCCAGUGUGAUGAAGGGCGGCGAACGGUUCUACCCUGGAACCAACGUCUACCAUAAUCAUGACCACAAUCAGCCGCAGCCAACAAUCGUCCCCCCAACCCUCCAGGAAAACGUUCCCAACUCCCCUUACCCAGGGCAUCCCCACCCGCCCGAGCAGCCACAGCAGCCCACGCUUCACAACGGGCCACCGUCGUCCUCGCCACCGAAGACAACGUCGACGCAGAAGAAGAAGAACAAGGAGUAUUCAAACCAUCCGAACGAGGUUGUGAAGAACGAGGAGCUUACGUACAACGGUGCUUCUCGACAUUAUUCGGUAUCAUCUUCAAUAACCGGUAGCGUCGCGACGCUGGCGUCGCUGCUGCUGUCGUUAUACGCGCCCGUAAUAUAUAUACCGGCGAUACCGCUUCGGUGAAGAAGUGCAACAAGAGCAAGCGGAUCUGCGCGAAGAAGCUGCAUCGGGAAUUAGCGGUUUAUAUAGGAAAGCAAAAUGUGCGCCGCCCCUCUUACCUAUACUGUGAUUGUUUCGAUAAUUAAUUAAUUAAUUAAUUUAUGUAAAUACAUAUGUGUAUUUGUAUAACGCGUAUGUAUACAUAUACAUAUAUGCGAUCCGUUGCCGCGGGGAGACGCGCGGCGUGUAUAAAAGAAAAAAAAAAAACCCUACCGAAUAUGAAACGACAAGUGGUCGAAGGAGAGCAAAGGGAAAAGAAAAAACGAGUGAAAAAAUUAAAGAAAGGUGAAUCGUUGUGACGAUAUUUAUGACGGGAUAAAAAGGAAGAGAGAAAUUACAACGACGGGGGACAAUUACCCUCCAUCCCAUGACGCUCCACCACCACCACCCCCCCCCCCCCCUCGUUUACGGACACGAAACAAUCUAGAUUCCAGGCAACCAAGACGGCACGCGGCGAUGUGACAGAGAUAGGGAUAAAUAGAGAAGGGGAUAUAACGAGGAUGAGACACACACACACACACACACACACACAGAGAGAGAGAUAAAGAGAGAGAGAGAGAGAGAGAGAGGGGGAGAAAGAAACCGUAUACAGUGAUUAAAAUUAAUAUGGAGAUAGAGGACAACGAUGUAAUACAUAAAAUAACGGGGAAAAAAUGAAAGCCAUAUUACUAUUAAAUAAUAUUAUAUAUGUAUAUAUAUAUACAUAUAUAUAUACGUAUAUGUACAUACACGCACAUGUUAUCAAUCGUAAUAUGUGUGCGCAGUAUAUAAACUAUAGAUAUGUAUACAUACACAUAUAUAGGUACCUAAUUAUUAUUAUUAUUACAAUUAUUAUUAUUAUUAUUAUUUUUAUCAUUAUCGAUAUCAUAGACUACUGAGAUUGUAGCCGUUUGUUGGUUGUCCUAUUAAUUAUACACGAACCUUUACUAUAACGAAUCCGACGACCUUAGGUAUUUAUUGAAUAUUGAACAAAAAAACAAAAAAAAAGAAAUACAUGCGUAUGGAUAUACAUGUGUGAUGUAUAUACGUAUUAUAUGUAUUUAUAUUUGAAGAAACAGAAAUGUGAAGAAGAAAAGAAAAAAACAAAAAAAAAUUUACACUCAACCAAGCUAAUAAAUAAAAUGAACGAAAAUUAUGUAUGUACAUUGAUUAGAAGAGAUAGGGAGGCCAGGAAUCUGUACGAAAUAGAUUUCUCUGCUUUUCCGCGGUAAAACGAGAACGGUUUUUGUGUGUACGACGAAUUAUUCUAUGUGUAUAAUGUAGGUAAAUAUGUAGAUAAAUAUUGCAUACAUGUAUAUACACAUAUAUUACACUAUUGUAUGUGUUAAUGUAGGGUUGGGACCCAUAUAUACAUAUAUACGCAGUGAUGUAUACCUAUAUGUAUCAUGUAUUAUACAUAUAUUUGGACUUUCGUUAGAUCAACUCUCUCGGUUUCAUUUUACUGCGUAAUAGUUUUGCAGUUUUCUUGUAUUUUUUUUUUUUUUUUUUUUUUUUUCACACAAUCGUUUUUCACCUCUCGGUCACAACGAAUCGAGUCCCGGUGCGGAUGGAAAUGAAAUAGAAAUAAAUCGGGAAAAAAACGAUACUGCAAUAAGCACGCGUGUAAAUAAACUCCCCCGACGAAUAUAUGUAUAUGUAUUCGCGAUGGCCAACAUGCGCGGUAAAAAAAACAUACAAAUAGAGUAACAAGAGUAAAAUGGUGGAGAAAAGAGGCGAGAGGGUGAGGAGAGAGAAGUAAUUAUGGCCGCAACGUGAAAUGUUCCGCAAUCGGAACGGUGACAAUGAAAUAACUCGUAGUACGUGAUGUGUAAUUGAUUGUUACAUAUAUUGUCCGCAAGUUCUGUGCAACUAUAAUGCGUAAUAUACACUUUAUCUAAGAAAAAAAACGACGAAAGUUACACGAAAGGAGUGUAGAGAGAAUUGACAAAACUGUCAACGAAUAAAAAAAAAAAAAGAUUCUUUUAAGAGUCGAUAAUAAAUAAUUUAACAAUGAAUCUCUGAUAUCACACGACGCGAUACGAAUUUACAAAAUGUAAUCAUGAACAAAGUGAAAUGGGAGGAGGGGAUGGCAGCAGCAGCAGCAGCAGCAGCAGCAUCACCGAUGAAAAUUUUGUAUCAUAGUUGUACCAUAUUAAACUAUUGGAUAUAUAUAUAUAUAUACAUAUCCACGAUAUCUAUAUAUAUAUAGAUAUAAAUCUGUAUUAUAUUUAUUAUCUAUGAUUAAUAAUUGAAUAUUAAAUAUUGAAUAUAUACAUACGUAUAAUUAGUAUUCUACGAAAAAUACUACAUUCGAUAUGACGAUAUAACAUAUACACGCAUACAAACAUACAUACACACAUACCUAGGUACAUACAUUUAUACUUUAAGAAUAUUCUAUAUACAUACUAGUGAAAUGAAAUUCAUUUAGAAAACAAAUGAAUAAAUGAAUAAACGAAUAAAUAAAUAUAGAAUCUGCAGAAGGCAUAAUGCAGGAUGAACCCAAAUUAUGUGUACGUUACCUAGUUCAUGCCCAUAAACGCAAUGUUUCAACACCGCCGGCGUGUCACAAAGUGUGCACAGUCACCGAUUCUGAAUAGACGAAUAAAAGUUUGUCGAAAAAGAUUUUCGUAAUUUCCAUUUAUCGUAAACUUCAUUCAAAUACCGUGCAAUUUUCGUUUAAUAAAAAAACCAUUCGGUAACGGCAAACGACAAUUUUGUGACCACGUACACACACGUAAUUCGUGAACAUCCCGCUGUUCGUAACAUUCACGCAAUACACGGUGUUAUAAUAAACAGUGAUUGCUACGUGCGUUUUCUUUUCCCUUAUUUUUCUCAUUCUUCUUUAAAUCACUCAUCGGCUCAGCGAUAAUCCUCACUUCUUCUCUUUCUCACGCAACUACAUCUGACUUGUGACAAAAACCGAUACGAGUCAUUUGAAGACUAGAAAUAAUCCGACAUUCAUACACACAUAUAUAUAUAUAUAUAUAUUUCGAUUGUACAUAUACAUUAUGAAUGCAAUAAUUGACCAUUUAUUUUUAUUCGUGCUACCCUUAUUUAUCAUUAUUAUUAUUAUUGUUAUUACUAUUAUUAUUAUUGUUGUUGUUGUUGCUGUUGUUGUUGUUAUUACCACCGCGGUCGCAUUUAGUAUAACUAUUGUUAUUAUUAUUUUGCAUAAUUUUUUUUGCCAUUGUUACAGCUAUUUUCACCAGUGCGGAUAAUAAUUGAACAAUUAGUUGCUACCUUCACGUAUGUAGGUUGAAACUGAAGGAAUAACAUGACGAAAACAAUCGAGGAUCGUUCUCGACGAUUCUUAAUGCAAGACGCGAUGAAUUUGAAAUCUACGGGAACGAAGCUUUGGAUGAUGAUAUAUAUUAUAGACUGAAGUUUGUUCCCUCGAGUUGCAAGGAUAUUCAUGACGAUAAUAAUAAUAAUGAUGAUGAUAAUAAUAAUAAUAAUAAUAUUAAUAACAAUUGUUAUAAUAGUAAUUAUUAUAGAAUUAGAAUUGAUACCGAUAUACAUAUUUGUAACAAUUGAUUGUAUAUAUUGGAGAAUUAAUUUAUACGGACGUGUUGAAAAUUGCGCGAUUCGAUUUUCGAGGUUAUGAUACCGGCUGUUGACAGUCACUUAGACUCCACAUUAUCAUCCGUUUAACCUUCAAAUAUGAAUGCAAUUCGGAAACUCGGAAAGACGAAACAGAUCGAUAAAGUUUGCGGAAAAAAAUAAAAUAAAAGGAAUGUUAAAUGCAAAUCUUGUAGUACGCGUGAGAAAAAUAUCGUUUGGUUGUAUCGUGACGAAGUAUAUAUAUAGUAAUUGAGGUGGGAAAAAGAAGAAGAGAAUUUAUGAAAACGCAUGAAAACUAUGAUGGAAAACACACUAUUAGUAUACGUAUCGUAAUUGUGUGCACCACAAAUUCGUUGGCAAUUGUUAUUUAAUAUGAAUCGCGGAAAAUACAAAAACGAAGCGAAGAAAAAAAUGAAAAUAAGUAAAUGAAAACAAAUAAAAAAAAAAAAAUAUAAUAAUAAAUACCGACACGAGUUCUCGACUAUCUAUCAUAAUACUCUUGUAUAUAUACAUAUAUAUAUAUAUAUAAUGUAUACGUUAGGGUGAUUCGAAAAAAUCAUAAUUUUUUUCGAAAAAAAGUGGUAGUGAAAAAACGUUUCGAAAUGACGAAAAAAUAAUGCCUGGACGCGGAAAAAUUUUUUAAUCAAGAUUCAGAGGUAGCGCAAGUCGAUUUUAUGUAUUUAUUUAAGGUUUUUUUUUGUAAUUAAUUAAAGAUCUACUAGUAGAUCGAGAUCUAAGUUUUAAAGUUGUCUGAAAAACACUGUGUAAAAAGUACAAACCUUAAGCUUCAAUUUUCUUUUUUUUUCGAUUUUUAGAAUUUUUUGAAGGGUAAAAAUAUACUCGCCAAGUUUAGUUGAUUUCUUUAAAAAAAUGCUUUACCGAGAAAUAUCUCAUGAAAUACUGAAUUAUUCAAAUUUGACAGGAUAGCUUUUUUUUUAAGAAUAAAUCAAUCUACAAAAAAGGUAUCUUGUGGUUUUUUUCGUAAGGUAUAUAUUUACACUGGCAAUUACGAUCUUGUCUAAAUUUUACGAAAAAAAAAAAAAAAAACCUACAAACAAAUACAUAAAAUCGACUUGCGCUACCUCUAAAUCUCGAGUAAAUAAUUUUUCCGCCCGCAGGCAUUAUUUUUUCGUCAUUUCGAAUCGUUUUUUCGCUACCGCUUUUUUUUUCGAAAAAAAUUAUGAUUUUUUUUUUUGAAUCACCCUAAUACACGUACAUACGUACAUACGUGUUUAAACGACGAAGAUAAAGCGAGGGAGACGAAGACAAACAAAAAUAUGAUAUAUAGUUAGACAUAAUAGAAUUAUCCACUACAGUAUUGUAAGACUAAGUAAGUAUGUUAAUUGUGUUAACUCGUCCGAAAAGUCUGUACGUUAAUCAGUGACGCAUCGGUUUAUUUAUUUUAUUUUCGAUUUUUUUUUUUUUUUUUUCACGUUCAUCUUGUUUUUUUUUUUUUUUUUCUUGUACAUCCGUAUACUUUUAUACACGCACGUAACAUAACAGUAAUAAUAUCCUAAGAUUCAACGAAGGCCACGUUGCGCACGUCGGUUAAAAUCAUUACGAUACGAAAUCGAUGUCUAAUUGUAAGUAGGUACGAAGAACAAUGUCGGGAUUCGCAUUUUUCAUUUUUCUUUUUUUUUUUUUUUUCCCCCCUUUCAACGUUUUCUUUUUUUACGUAUAAAGUUACCGCCUACACAACGUGGUUACAGGCUGAAUAUUCGUUUCUAUUUCUAUUUCACCCCGUCUGUAUCUUGUGUUAUUUUUCUUACUUUAUAUUCCUUCUCUCUCUCCUUAUUCGUGUUUCUGAUCUCUAGUCUAAAACGAGUCGAAGAAAA